AUGUCGCUGCUAUCGAAGUUACGGUUGGUCACUGUGGAUGUGACUGGUACUCUGCUUGCUUACAAAGGACGGCUUGGUGAUUACUACUGCAUGGCUGCUAAGUCUGCCGGAAAGCCAUGCCCUGACUAUGAUCGAAUGCACGAAGGCUUCAAGCUUGCAUACACUGAGAUGGCGAGGAAAUACCCAUGCUUUGGAUUUGCGGCAAAGAUGCCAACGAUUGAAUGGUGGAGGAUUUGUGUCAAGGAUUCAUUUGUUAAGGCUGGCUAUGAUUACGAUGAUGAGACAUUUGACAAAGUGUUCAAGCGUAUUUAUUCCGCCUUCGGCUCCUCCGCACCAUACUCGGUGUUUCCUGAUGCACAGCCCUUCAUGAGAGGGCUGAGGGAGAAGGGUAUCACAGUUGGCAUCGUCAGCAAUGCAGAGUACCGUUACAAAGAGGUCAUCUUGCCUGCGUUAGGGCUGAAUCAGGGCUCGGAGUGGGACUUCGGGGUGUUCUCAGGCAUCGUCGGCGUCGAGAAACCUGACCCAAAAAUCUACAAGAUCGCGCUGGAGAUGGCGGGGAACGUCGCACCGGAAGAGGCGCUCCACAUCGGCGACAGCUACCGCAAGGACUACGUCCCCGCACGGAGCAUCGGGAUGCACGCGCUGCUCCUGGACCGGUUCAAGACCGCCGACGCCGAGAGCUGGAGGAAGUCCGGCGCGCCGGUGCUCCCUGACCUCGAGGCCGCGCAGGCAUGGCUCACCAAGAACCCGACCGAGGAGCCACUAGGGGCCGCGCUGCUGCGCAGGAUGGCCGAGAAGCUCUGA